CCGGUUUCGCAGGGCAGGACACAUGGCUUGGAAGAAGUGGGAAAAGUCAUGGUACGGUCUGGGAAGAGCUGGUCUUGGAAAGGUAGAGAAGGCGACGGUUGGCGUGGGCGGACUGGAUUCGGUUGUAGAUGAUUGGAUGGGGCUGGAUGUCUGGCUUCUUAUCGGGGGUGUAGACGUUCUGCGCUGACUCGGGAGGUUGCUGAGAAGCCUCGGGCGUCUUGGGAUAGGUGUGAUGGAUGGGUCUGAGGCUAUGCGACGCCUUGGAGCGGCUGUCGAGCGUCGUCGUCUAGCUUGGUGUUCGGCGGCUGAGAGUGCCAUGUUGCAGGUAUCUAGAUUCCUGGACGAUGUUGUCUCUCUUGGUGUGAUCGCUUCUUCUUCUCAAGUAGAUGCUGGUGAGGCGUCGACGGGAUGGUUGAGAGCGAGCAAUAGAUCAACAGGAUGCCGUAUUCGAUGGGAUGAAGAUUCAUAUGGCAGAUCGGAAGGAUUUCGAGGUGCACCUCCUGCCGUCCAGUUCUUAUACACUGUCUGGGAGAUAGAUCCAGGUGCUUGGAUAUUGGUUUUGCAUGAAGGACGGGAUGCCGGGCCAUCUGAACAAGCGUCACGACGAAGCAAGGAGGAAAGAGGAGGAGGAGGAGCCAAGCAAGGGCUAACAAGCGUACCCUGCACCUCCAACAAGAGGAGGAGACGAACAAGCACGCGCAGCAGCGGCUCUUUAGUUCGUCAAGACUUACCGUAGUAACCUAUCACCAACGACAAAAGUCGCCAGUCUCGAACCUCAUCUCAUUCGGGUCCUUCCUUCUCGUGCCUUUCUGCUGCCUCCUAUGUCCCAACCAUCGGUCAUCUCAGGACUGUCAAACAUCUCAUCAUCGUCCGUCAUCGCUCUUGACAUCACGGUUGUCCCGUUGGGAACAAGAAUCUGCACACAAACAUGGCUGCCGGAACAGCACGGUGACAUCCGCGCCUCCUAGUAAUCUCGAUUCUUGUUGGUCAACUAGACGAGG